CCUGUGAGCUACCUUCCUGUCCAACGAAGAAGAAGAAGACGACGUGUUUGCUUGGCUGGUACCGCUGAUGUUGAUAACUGGAGGAAACAAAAGACUCAAGAUGGCGAUGCCGGUGUCUGUGCUCCGCCUGCCGAAAGGACCCGACCCCAACAGCCGCGGAUUUGACCCCAAAUCCCCCCGUUUCAUCGCUCUCUGUCGAACCUCCAUCCCCUGUUCUGACGCAGAUGCUGAGCAGCUGCCCAGAGAGCAGCACGCCCGAUCCGUGCUGAGAGAGAGUUUCCUCCGGUGUCUCCUGGCCAUGGCCAAUAAGAAGAUUCAGUUUCAGAUGCACGAGCGGGUGAAUGUGGAGGCCACGUUUAGAGCGUCCGACAUCGACGUGCUGAACUUUCAGGUGUCGGACCUGCACACUCCCAUCGGGGUGCAAAAAGAGGCUCUGAUCAGGUGUCAGGAUGUGAUUUCAUUCACUUUUGAUGCGUGAACACUUGUUUUGUUUCCUGUUUAAACAGAAUACGCCAUUUGGGAUGAGAGGCACUUGGGAGUCUCGUUUGUUGUUGCAAGUGAGCUCUGUUUUCACACUGUGAGAUAGUUUAUACAAUGUGUUGUAUUUUUUUAAGGUGAGGUUGUACAUAGCUGUUUUCAAUCUGUAUACUUCAGUCGAUCAUACUGCUCUGUGAGAUUGCUUUCAGACGCUGACGAGCAGUCCCACUGUUUAGCACAAGAGGGAGUCAUAAGCCUGUGUAUUCAGUGAGACGUGACGGAGAGAUACUUUCUGUAGAGCGUCAUCGCUACCGUCUUACUUUUUGAGAUGCAGAAAGAGGAUGUUACUGUGCUCGAGUUGACAUGUUAUGUCUUUUGUCAUAUUCUUUAACUGAUGCAAAUGAAACAUUGCACACUUAACAUUUGUUUUGAGUGGAACACUUUUCUAUUUUAAUGUCUAUUUUGUAUUUUUUUUUGUUUGGAAAAAUAUUCAAGACACCUGAAAAGAUUCAUGUCUGAUAAAGAUUGAUGUUGCUUAAGGAAAUAAGUUGUAACUGACAUGUGUAACCCCCCCACAUCCAUCAAAACAAUAUCGUUUUUCAUAAUCACCUUAAAAACAAAAGGUUUUGUUGUCGAGAGCAAAGUGAGUUGUCCUCUCUGCACUGCUUGGUGAUAGUUGUCCAUAACUCUAGUCUAGUCUAUCUUUGUCAACACUAUCAUCAGUGUGUUGGGUCUUUAUUUUAUCAAACUCAGUCAGGUCCACAUUUAUAGUUGCAAUUAUCAGUCGGGGAAAUAAAUCUGCAACAAUUUUGAUAAUUAAUUGUUUGCAUCACUUUUCAAGUAAAUUAUGGUAAUUUUUCGUUGUCCUGUGGUGUCUGAUGGACCUAAUUGGCAAUUAAAAGAAAUGAUCUGUAGAUUAAUGGA